UUCGAGCCUACCUUUACUACUACGCAGCGUACUUCCGUUGACUCAGGGCGGCGAAAAUUUAGAAUUUCUCAAGCUAGAUAUUCGUGUAGACUGACCAGAGUCCGCGAAUAUACCAAACCGCAGGUAUACAGUUUCAGCAGUUAGAAACUUGGAAUGGCUACUCCUUACAGCUUUGGCAUUGUGCCAAUUGGUUGCCAUGCCUUUAACAAGGCUCGAAAUGAGGUGGCCAUUUCCCCCAACAAUGCAGAAGUUCAUAUCUACAAGCAGGUGUCUGGGCGCUGGGAGAAGAUGCAUGUAUUGGAAGGGCAUGGGCAGAGGGUGACCAGUCUGGACUGGGCCCCUGAGAGCAACAGGAUUGUGAGCUGUGGUGUGGAUCGUAAUGCCUAUGUAUGGACUUUCACUGAUGGGAAAUGGAAGCCAACUCUUGUCAUCUUGAGGAUCAACAGAGCAGCAACCUGUGUGCGUUGGUCACCUCAAGAGAACAAGUUUGCUGUGGGAAGUGGGGCACGUGUGAUCUCUGUCUGUUACUUUGAGAAGGAGAAUGACUGGUGGGUGAGCAAGCACAUCAAGAAGCCCAUUAGGUCAACAGUCACUAGCCUGGACUGGCAUCCAAAUAACAUCUUGUUAGCCGCUGGGUCUACUGACUUCAAGGCAAGGGUGUUUUCUGGCUGGAUUAAGGAGUGCGAGGCCAAACCUCAGGAGACCCCCUGGGGAAAGAAGAUGCCCCUGGGCAACCUCAUGGUGGAGUUCUCAAAUGCACCUGGUGGUGGAGGUGGCUGGGUGCAUUCUGUUGGCUUCUCUCCCAGUGGAGAUAAGCUGGCCUGGGUGGGGCAUGACUCCAGUGUGUCUGUGGUCAGUGUGCAUAACAAGGAUGUUGUGACCAAUGUGAAGACCACUUUCCUACCAUUCCUGUCACUGAUCUGGGCCACUGAGAACAGUAUAGUGGUAGCUGGACAUGACUGCUGCCCAGUGCUGUACUCUACUGAUGACCAGGGGAAACUGGCUUUUGUUUCUAAACUGGACAUUCCACAAGAGAAGGAAGGAGGAACCCUCAGUGCCAUGAAGCGUUUCCAGACCCUUGAUAAAAAGGCAACUACGGAUGAUGCCAGCUCUGAUCUCAAGACCAAACAUCAGAAUUCCAUCACCCAACUAUCAGUGUACAGUGGUUCCAGAGAACAGGUGACCAAGUUUGCUUCUUCUGGGGUUGAUGGGCAGAUUGUUGUCUGGGACUUCAAGUCUUUGGAGUCUGCUAUUGCUGGUCUGAGAAUCGCCUAAGCUUAUGAAGUAGCCACAAACCAUACAUGCUCUAGCCAAGUUUGCAAAAUGUAAAAUCAAGCAGAAAAAUGGAGUGGCAGAUCUUGGAAAGACAUAGAACUAAACUAGUAGACAUUGAAUUUUAUCUAAAGAACACCCUCCCAAACAAAACAGUGCAUUGAUGGUAUGGAAUAAAACAUUGAUUGAUAUAAUUGAUAUUUGUGCAGACAGAACAAUAUUGAUAAAAUGACUGGAGGUAAAUUUCCUCAUUAUGAUUCUCACAGAUGGAUAGAACAUGUAUU